UAUCUCCAAGACACUAAAAGUAGUAAUGGUACUUUUAUAAAUAGCCAGAGAUUGAGUCGAGGCUCUGAAGAAAGUCCACCAUGUGAAAUUCUUUCCGGUGACAUUAUCCAGUUUGGGGUAGAUGUGACAGAAAACACACGGAAAGUUACUCAUGGGUGUAUUGUUUCCACGAUAAAACUUUUUCUACCAGAUGGUAUGGAAGCCCGGCUCCGCUCAGACGUCAUCCAUGCCCCAUUACCAAGUCCUGUUGACAAAGUUGCUGCUAACACUCCCAGUAUGUACUCUCAGGAAUUAUUCCAACUUUCUCAGUAUCUACAGGAGGCCUUACAUCGGGAACAGAUGUUGGAACAGAAGUUAGCCACGCUUCAGCGGCUACUAGCCAUCACCCAAGAGGCUUCAGAUACCAGUUGGCAGGCUUUAAUAGAUGAAGAUAGACUCUUAUCACGGUUAGAAGUUAUGGGAAACCAAUUACAGGCAUGCUCCAAAAAUCAAACAGAAGAUAGUUUACGGAAGGAACUUAUAGCAUUACAAGAAGAUAAACACAACUAUGAGACAACAGCCAAAGAGUCCCUGAGGCGGGUUCUUCAGGAGAAAAUUGAAGUGGUUAGAAAACUUUCAGAAGUUGAGAGAAGUCUGAGUAAUACUGAAGAUGAAUGUACCCACCUAAAAGAAAUGAAUGAACGGACUCAGGAAGAAUUAAGAGAAUUAGCUAAUAAAUAUAAUGGAGCAGUUAAUGAGAUUAAAGAUUUAUCUGAUAAAUUAAAGGUAGCAGAGGGAAAACAAGAGGAAAUCCAACAGAAAGGACAAGCUGAGAAAAAAGAAUUGCAACAUAAAAUAGAUGAAAUGGAAGAAAAAGAACAGGAGCUCCAGGCCAAAAUAGAGGCUUUGCAAGCUGAUAAUGAUUUCACCAAUGAAAGGCUCACAGCUUUACAAGUACGGUUAGAGCACCUUCAGGAGAAAACUCUUAAAGAAUGCAGCAGCUUAGGGAUACAAGUUGAUGACUUCUUACCUAAAAUAAAUGGGAGCACAGAAAAAGAGAAGCUGAUUGUCGAAGGGCAUCUAACCAAAGUGGUAGAAGAAACAAAGCUUUCAAAAGAAAACCAGGCAAAAGCAAAAGAAUCAGACUUAUCAGAUACUCUGAGUCCAAGCAAGGAAAAGAGCAGUGACGAUACUACGGAUGCCCAGAUGGAUGAGCAAGAUCUAAACGAACCUCUUGCUAAGGUAUCUCUACUAAAAGAUGACUUACAGGGGGCACAGUCAGAAAUUGAGGCAAAACAAGAAAUUCAGCAUCUUCGCAAGGAAUUGAUUGAAGCCCAGGAGCUAGCUAGAACAAGUAAACAAAAAUGCUUUGAACUUCAAGCUCUUUUGGAUGAAGAAAGAAAAGCCUAUCGAAAUCAAGUUGAGGAAUCUGCUAAACAAAUACAGGUUCUUCAAGCCCAACUGCAGAGGUUACACAUCGAAAUCGAGAAUCUCCGAGAGGAGAAGGAUGAUGAAAUCACGAGCACUAGAGAUGAAUUGCUUAGUGCACAAGAUGAAAUUUUGCUCCUUCAUCAAGCAGCAGCAAAGGCUGCCUCUGAUCGAGAUGUUGACGUUGUUUCUUUACAAGAAGAGCUUAAGAAGGUGCGAACUGAACUUGAGCAGUGGCGGAAAGCAGCAUCUGAAUAUGAGAAAGAAAUUGCCAGUCUGCAAAACAGUUUUCAAGUCAAAUGCCAACAGUGUGAGGACCAGCAGAGAGAGGAAGCAACUAAGUUGCAAGGUGAACUGGAGAAGCUGAGAGAGGAAUGGAAUGUAUUGGAAACCGAAUGCCAUUCUUUAAAAGAGCAAAAUGUUUUGCUAUCAUCAGAACUGCAGCGGCAAGAAAAAGAAUUGCACAAUUCUCAAAAGCAGAGUCUAGAGCUUACAAGUGAUCUGAGCAUCCUUCAGAUGACCAGGAAAGAGCUUGAGAACCAAGUGGGAUCCUUGAAAGAACAACAUCUUCGAGAUUCAACUGACUUAAAGACUCUUCUCUGUAAGGCUGAAAACCAAGCAAAGGAUGUACAGAAAGAGUAUGAAAAGACACAGACUGUACUCUCAGAACUGAAGUUGAAGUUUGAAAUGACUGAGCAGGAAAAGCAAUCAAUCACAGAUGAGCUCAAACAAUGUAAAGACAACCUGAAGCUGCUCCGAGAGAAAGGAAAUAAUCCUUCCAUAUUACAACCCGUCCCAGCCGUAUUCAUCGGCCUAUUCCUGGCUUUCCUGUUUUGGUGUUUCGGUCCAUUGUGGUAGAGAAAGAAACCCUGGCCCUGGAUGCCCAUGUUGGCUGCCCUGGUUGCGGUGACAGCCAUCGUGCUGUAUGUGCCAGGUCUGGCCAGAGCUUCUCCAUGAGAGUGUUUCUUGAGUCUGUACACCGUCCUCCCUCUAGAAGCGGCAUCACACUCAUGCUGGGGACAGACAGAACCAUUUUCUUCCUUUUUACCUCUUAAGUCAGCAAAGUGCAAGAAUACAGCUAUAGGGUCAUUGCUUUAAAUUAUAUAAAAUGUAUCUGUCUAUAGAAAGGAUAUAAAGUGUGACUUUAUUCUAUUGUAAGCAAUAAUUUGCUUGCAAUUUUUCAUGUAAUUUUUAAAUUAGUAUGUUGAGAUUCUGAAUAUUAUGGUGGCCUAAAGUAGGCUUCUUGGUACACCAAAUUAUUUAUACCAUUAAAUUUAUGGGUAUUUUACUCUGAAUUCUGAUGGCCAGAUAAUUCAUUUUUCUGAUUCGAUGACAACCCAAACCAAACAACCAAUACAUACAUGGGAAGAGAGGCCCUGUGUGCUCAGUGCCUAUCAGUUUGAAAUGUAUACACAUAUAUAUAGAUAUAUUUUUUACAUAUUUACGCCAUUUUUACUUGUUAUAAAACCACUGAGCUAUUGGGAACAAGAUUUAGAGACAACUAUUUGUGUGAAUUUUUUUUAAAGGAAAAAUACAUUUGGAUAAUAUUCUGUUAUAGUGAUAAUUUGGGGAAUAUGUGCACAUUUGUUCAGCCUUAAUGUGACUUGAAGAUGUAGAGGACAUCAACUUAGAAAAACUUUCCAUGAGAGUGUGUAUUUUCUUGAGCAAACUGAAGUAUUUCGGGAGCAAAAACAGUAAUUACACAAUUUCAGUGCAGUCAACCAAACUGUUGAGUCAAUUGGAAUGUAACUUAUUAAACCUCAUGUAUUUAAAGAGAUAUUUUCCUUAAAAGCCAAGUUACUUUCUCAUAUACAACAUUUUAGAAAGCAUGAUUUUUUUUCUGUCAUCUUUUCCUCCAAGCAUGUUUAAUCGAAGAAAGAAUGAUAUCUUUUUAGAUAAGCUUUUAUUGACUUAAUUUGGUUAUGAUGUUUCCGAAUUAAUUCACAUCAAGGUGAGCUGUUACCUACCCACAGAUUUCCGGUCAGGUAUGCAAAUGGUUAUUUUCUUUUUGUUGUUGUUAAUUGGGACUUUUCUGUUCAUUAGAAGCACUGUUCCCAAGAUUGGUAGUGUUCCAUGCACAGUGAAGCACCUAAACACUGCUUGAUGUUAUAAAUUUGAAAACACAGAAGUGAAAGCUUAGCUAUGGCGUUGUGCAGCACCAUAGUUAUGUCAGUAAAGUUUAUUUAGGUCAUAGAAUGUCCUAAAGUAUCACAUAGUUAAAGUUUUCAGUCAGUAAAGACUGGGAGGGAAAGUCAGUGAAUUGGAUUCGAUGUUCUGUGGAAAUACAUAGAUCUAGGCAGAUAUUGAAACGGGAGUUUAGGAUAUAAUUUGCCUUGUGAUGUUUGACAGUCAUUGUUUAUAUUUUAAAAGUUAUGUUUUUAAGCUACUUGGGAUUGUGUUGGGAGGAUCACUAGGUUUGUGGAGGAAUUAGUCACAAAUGACUUAUAGAAAAUACUGUCAUAUAGUUGAUUUCAUCAUUUUCUGUUGCAGGAAGCCACUCCACCACAGAAUGCUAAUAUGCCAGUGGUACCCAGUACCUCUUGUAUAUAGGUUAUUGCAAAUAUUGUUCUGAAAUGCUUAACUUCAAAAUUACAUUUUUUAAAGUAAAUAAUUGUUUGAAAUCUAUUUUGUAAAGAUAUAAAGUACAAUAGAAUUUCUGGAGUACAGAUUAAACUAUUUGCACUAACACACGUGAUGUGCAUGAUUUAAUAAAAUAACUUUACUCUCCCUA